AAACAAGAUGCUUCCGGCAAAACUGCACCGGCUGAAGUUAGUCGCCCCGAAUCAGCAGCAAGCGACAGGAAAGCUGAAACUGAAGUAAAAUCACCAUCGCCUCCCCAAGAAAAAGAAUCAUCACGACCAGUGUCAAGUGCAAGUGUGGAAAAAAUUGAACAUGCCUCACCAACACCAUCCACAAAGUCCACGGAGGAAAAAGCAGACGAUGAUAAGUCACCUGAAGACAUCCAAAAAUCACGUUCUCAGUCAAUAGCAAGCGAAAAAGUGGACAUUUCUGGUAAAACUACUCCAUUGCCAGUCAGUCGACCCGAGUCUGCUGCCAGUAACAUUAGUGCAAAGGAUGCAGUAAUUACAAAAACAACGGCUGACUUGAUUGAACCUAUCAGCUGUGAUGAACAGAAAUCACACUCUCCAUCGCUCAAAGAAGAACUGAUUGAGGAAGAAUCCACAGCUUCCAAGAUCGUUUCAAUUGCAAGCGCAAUUGAUGUACAGAAAGACACCGAAAAAUCGCCAGUUAAGGAUGAGGCAACAACCAAAACAAUUACAACAAUUAAAUCUGAGGUAAAAGACGAAUGCAUUGUUAGUUCCACUUUUGUUGAACAAAUUGUGAAAUCGCCUAGUCCUCCAUCUGAGGCGAUUAAGAAGGAUUCAUUCGACAAAGCCGAUGAUCAAAGUGUUUUGAAAGGUGACGUAUCGCGACCGGGAUCGGCAGCAAGUGAUAUCAGCUCGAAGGAUGGCCAAAAAUCGCCAGUUGUUUCUACAGAAAAAGAACAAAUCACAACGAAAUCGGAAUCUCGUAGUCAAUCCAUUGUGAGUGUCAUUAGUGAAGAGAAAGAAGAAGAUGAGAAAUCGACCAAAAUCGCGUCACCAAGCCCUCCCGAGAGUGUGAAAAGAGAUUCUUUUGAAAAGGUUGAUGACAAAAAAUUGAGUGUUAGUGAAACAUCACGACCCGAAUCGGCAGCAAGUGACAUUAGUUCAAAGGAUCAAGCACCAUCGUCGAAUCGACCAACCAAAGAAGAGUCGUCGGCAACUAAAGUGGAAUCGCGAAGUCAAUCCGUUGGAAGCGAAGAAAAAGUUGAGAUUGUAGAAGCACACCAAACACGUUCACAAUCAAUUGUGAGUGAAAGACAAGAUGCUUCCGGCAAAACUACACCGGCUGAAGUUAGUCGCCCCGAAUCAGCAGCAAGCGACAGGAAAGCUGAAACUGAAGUAAAAUCACCAUCGCCUCCCCAAGAAAAAGAAUCAUCACGACCAGUAUCAAGUGCAAGUGUGGAAAAAAUUGAACAUGCCUCACCAACUCCACUCAUAAAGUCCACGGAGGAAAAAGCAGACGAUGAUAAGUCACCUGAAGACAUCCAAAAAUCACGUUCACAGUCAAUAGCAAGCGAAAAAGUGGACAUUUCUGGUAAAACUACUCCAUUGCCAGUCAGUCGACCCGAGUCUGCUGCCAGUAACAUAAGCGCAAAGGAUGCAGAAAUUACAAAAACAACGGCUGACUUGAUUGAACCUAUCAGCUGUGAUGAGAAGGCAAAACAAAAAGAUCAACAAGUUGGAAAAUUAUCAAGUCCACCAACUGGAGCAAUCAAGAGAGAAUCAUUGCAAAAAGCUGACGGAGAUAGUGUUUCAAAAGGUGACAUAUUACGACCUGAAUCGGUAGCAAAUGACAUUAGUUCGAAGGAUCAACCACCAUCUUCGGCUCUACCAACCAAAGAAGAGUCGUCGGCAACUAAAGUGGAAUCGCGAAGUGAAUCUGUUACAAGCGUUGUAAGCGAAGAAAAAGUUGAGAUUGUAGACGCACAACAAUCACGUUCACAAUCAAUUGUGAGUGAAAAACAAGAUGCUUCCGGCAAAACUGCACCGGCUGAAGUUAGUCGCCCCGAAUCAGCAGCAAGCGACAGGAAAGCUGAAACUGAAGUAAAAUCACCAUCGCCUCCCCAAGAAAAAGAAUCAUCACGACCAGUGUCAAGUGCAAGUGUGGAAAAAAUUGAACAUGCCUCACCAACACCAUCCACAAAGUCCACGGAGGAAAAAGCAGACGAUGAUAAGUCACCUGAAGACAUCCAAAAAUCA